AUGUUCCACCCGCUGCCGUCUUCGCUAGGUCCGGGGAAGUACUUAGGCUCGGUGGACCGAGCCUCGUCGUUUGCCUCGGACCACCUCUGGUACGGCGUGUUUGCCGGGCAGAGCCCGGAAACUUUUGUUCGGGCAGAUGGGGCGUUUAUUCCGUUCCAUGAGGAGUUUGACGUGGGUCUGUUAACCACGUGGCUGGAGGGGAUCGGGCGGAUUGGCAAGCCACACGAGAUCAGAUUGCAGGACGAGAUUUUCAGCGUGGCAGGGCAGCACGUGUGCAAGGUGGGUGUCAUUUGUGGACAGCAGCUCAGGUCUCACUUGGGGAAGCGUGAUGGCACAUGCAGGCUAGAAGGGAGGACCGAAAUCCCAUUCCUCACUUCGUCGCCCUUCUCCUUCCACUCGUCUCCGCCCAUCUUCCUCUUCUCUCCCCCCAUCUCCCCCGUUCGUGGGCAGCAGCUCGGGUUCAACACGCGCGGCAUGGUGGAUGGCGUAUGCAGUGGAGUAACACAACAGGAUGCCCUUCCCCACUCCCCCAUCUCCCCCAUCCCCUGCAACCCCUGGCAGGUGGGCAGCAGCUCAGGGCUAACGCGAGGCACGGUGAUGGCGUAUGCAGUGGAGUACAACGACGACAAGGGCAACACGCUCUUCACGGACCUGCUGGUCGUGGGGGAGGAUGGGCUGCCCUUUGACGUCGAAGGGGACUCUGGCAGCCUCAUUCUCAUGCACGCCCCUGCCCCUACUGCUGCUGCUGCUGCUGCUGCUGCUGCUACUGCUAUGCACGCCCCUGCCCCUGCUGCUGCUGCUGUUGCUGCUAUGCACGCCCCUGCCCCUGCUGCUGCUGCUGCUGCUGCUGCUGCUGCUGCUGCUGCUCAUGGCCCUGCCGCUGCUGCUGCAACCCACGCUCCUGACACAGCUGCAGCGCAACUCCCUGCGAAUGCUGCCACACAAGCCCCUGCCACUGCUGCCGUGCACCCCCCUGCGGAUGCUACUGCUCAAAGGCCUGUGAAUGUUGCAACUCUCGGACCCGCGAGCUCGACACAUGUUCCAAUGGAUGUUUCAGAGAAUGUGCAUGCUCCCGCGCAUGCUUCCGCGCAUACUGCAGGGCAUGAGGGCGCACAUGCUCCCAUGUAUGCUCCCAUGCAUGCCCCCAUGCAUGCUCCCACGCAUGCUUCAGGGCAUGAGGGCCCACAUGCGGUCCUGCAUGGGUUCAUGCAGCAUGGAAUGGAAUUGCUGCCGCAGCUGGGGACCCCCCAGCAGCAGAGGCAGCAGGAGCAGGCGCAGCAGCCGCAGCAGGAGCAGGAGCAGCAGGAGCAAGGGCAACAGCAGGAACAGCAGCAGCAGCAGCAGCAGCAGCAGCAGCAGCAGCAGCAGCAGCAUGGAGGGAGGCUGAAGCUGCGACAGGGGAAUGUGAGGGAGAAUUGGACGAGCGGGGUGGAUUUGCACCGGCUGCUGGCGCUGCUGGAUCUCGAGAUGGUUACCACCGAUGAGGAGUUACAAGGGUUUCCCACGCUGCUGGAUCAUGAGAUGGAUACCACUGAUGAGGAGUUACAAGUGCCAGUCGCUUCUGGAGCUUCGCCUUAUCCAUUUUCUGCUAGGGUUCCGUCUCUCGCGCCUAUUGGUGAUUCGCCCUCCUCUCCUCCCCCUCCGCCCGGCAUCGGGGCAGCUUCACCCGCGCCCCUGCCUCGCGUGCCGUCUCAGCAAUGGUCCACGGCUGUUGCCACAGCCGACGUUCCAACCGACGAUACGAUCGCCGCUACAUCCGACGCUACAGCCGACGCGACGGCGCCUGCUGCAGCUGUAGCAGCCGCAGAAGCUCCGGUAUUUGGUCAACAGCCGCAAGCGCACCGCCUCCUCCCGCCAGCGGCUUACGGUGUUCUUUCAGUCGCAGCGCCGGGUCCUGGCGACGCCAUGGCGACGCAUUCCGUCGCAAUUCCGUCACUCAGCCUUCCGCACGCGGCUCUACCGUCUGUUCCACCCUCGCGGUAUAUGUCAAGAGGGGAAGGGGAGGGCGGGGUCUCCGCUGCAGUCAUCGCAGACGGGGGGGGAGCAGUUGGCGCAAAUUGGUCGUAUCCUCCGCCGAUGCCCGGGAUGUCGUCCCCUUCCGCAUCCCGCUCCGUUCCGCAAACCAUGCCACCUGCGUCGAUUACCCCCGCGGGUUUCCCCAGAAGCCCCCUGGUUUCCGCCGUAGAGAUGCCCGCAGGCGCAGUCCCCUCCGCUCUCCUGCCCGCGGGCGCAGUUCCCCCCGUUCCCCCUGGCCUCUCCGCGGUUCAAGUCUGCAUGUCGCCGCUGCUGAUGCCGGCGCCGCUGCAGCUACCGCAUGCACCUCUCGCGCCGGUUAUGCAGCCGGUUAUGUCGCCGGUUGUGCAGCCCGUUCUGUCACCGGCUAUGCAGCCGACUAUGUCGCCAGUACUGCGGCCAGUUAUGUCGCCGGUUCUGCGGCCGGUUAUGCCGAUGCGCCUCUCUGCUUCUCUGCCGUCCCUCCCCCGCGUUCCAGAAGCUUCCGUUCCGCUUGAUCCCGGCUUCGCGGAACCUUCCCCCCCCACUGCCUCGCCUGCUUCUUCCCCCACUGCUGCUCUCCCCCGUUUGCCCCCGCUUUACUGCUCCGCCGCUUCCGCGUCCCCGCGAGGGCACUGCGCCCGCGUGCCGUCCCGCGCGUCCCCAGCCCCUCCUCUAGCAUCCCCGCCCGCAACACCUUCCGCCCAGCCUGCGCGCGAUCCCCCAUUCCCCGCCGCAUGCCCCCUCGCGUGCCCGCCCGCGCCUGCGUCCGCGCCUUCUACUCCCUCCGCCCAAUUCGCUUCCGCCCCGCCUCUCCACCCCGCGUGCCUGUCCGCGCCUGCGUUUCUGUCUUCCGCGCCCGCCCUUCCCCCGCCCUCCCGCGCGCCAGUAGCCGCGGACGGGUCUUCCGCCCUCCGCUCUGCUGCUUCCGCGGGCUCCCUCCCCCAGCCCCUCACACUGCCGCCCAGCAGUGUGCCGCCCAGCAGCCAUUCAGGGGACACUUUGCCGCCCAUGCCGCCCAGCAGCCAUUCAGGGGACACUUUGCCGCUCAUGCCGCCCAGCAGCAUCGCAGACAGUACCAUUCUACCCACUAGGCCACAGAACAUGGAGUGUUUGAAGCGCGGAUUGGAGGAGGAAGGGAGGGAGGCUGGUUGGGACUCGGUUCCUUGUCAGAAGAGAGCGAGAAGGGAGAGUAGAGCGGCCGUUGCUGACGGUGCUGCUGCUGCUGGUGCUGUUGGUGCUGUUGGUUCUGCUCGCGCGGUUGAGUCUGCCGCUUCUGCUGCUGCUGUUGCUGCUGCUGCUGCUGACGCUUCUGCCGCUGUUGACGCGGUUGAGUCUGCUGGUGCUGCUUGUGCUUCUGAGUCGCCCGUUCUCUCAGCCCCUCCCACCUUUCCCCGCCCCGCCCCACCUCCCGACAGCGCCGUUCUGCUAGACUCUCUCAUUCUACCUGACCCCCCUGAGCCUGUUUCCACCCCUGAGCCUCCUAUCUCUCAGGACCUCCCCCUUUUGCCUCCCCCUCUGCCCGAUGCCACGCUUCUUGUUUCCCCUACUCUUGAGACGUCUCAAAAGUCAACCGUUGCUGCAGCUGUCGCUGUCCCCCCUGAGCCUGUUUCCACCCCUGAGCCUCCUAUCUCACAGGACCUCCCCCUUUUGCCUCCCCCUCUGCCCGAUGCCACGCUUCUUGACGCCCCUACUCUGCUAGACCCUCCCACCCUCUUGGAGCCGCCUUCUCUGCGAGACCCCUCGGUGCUGCCAGUGCCGUCACCUCUCCCUGACGUUUCCGCCGUCGACCUGCCUCCUUUGGACCUGCCGCCCACUCUGCCGCCCGCUUUGCCGUCCGCUCUGCCGCUGGUGCUGCCGUCCGCCCUGCCGCCCGUGCUGCUGCCAACUGGGAAAACGACAGAGCAACGGCUAGACGUUCCAGCAAUUGACGUUGCUGCAGCACCAGAUUCGGUUGUAGCGAAUGUGGUUGUAGCAAAUGAAGCUGUAGUAGGCGCGGCUGUAGCGGACGCGGUUGUAGCGGAUGCAGUUGUGGCGGAGGUGGUUGUAACGGAUGGGGUUGUAGUGAAUGCGAUUGUAGCAGAUGGGAAUAUAGCAGAUUCGGUUGUAGCAGCACCUAUCCCUACCACCACUGUUGCCACUGCCAAUUCCCAACCAGCAGAUACCCCUUCCGCCACUACCAAUAGCAAACCAGCGCAUAUCCCUACCGCCACUGCCAAUGGCAAGCCAGCAGCGCACACCCCUACCGCCAGACAAGCAGAGAUCGUCUCACUGGACCUUAUCCACAACCGCCGCCCGUUUCUCUGCCACGUCAGCGACUGCGGGAAAACGUUCAAGAACUGGCAGACGCUGAAGAUGCAUCUGCGCACGCACGAUCUGCCCGACGCGGUGUUCCAGGCGGCGUGUGAGGAUGCUCUGGGGCCGCGGCACGGGGGCAGCAAGGCCGGGCAGAAUAAAAAGAUUCCGUCGCGCUGCCCGGAGUGCGGGAAGACGUUUGUGGGGCUGUAUGAGCUGAGGCGGCAUUUUGGGCGGAAGCACCAGCAGGGGGAGAAGCCGUUUGCGUGCGCCAAGUGCAGCAAGCGGUUCUUUGUUGAGGCGGAUCUGAGGGACCAUGGGAAGAUGUGUGGGCAGAUGCUGGUGUGUCGCUGCGGCAUGCAGUUUGCCUUCAAGUGCAACCUCGUCAACCACAUGCGCUCCCGCCCCCUCUGCCAACUCCUCUCCGCCGCCAACCCCAUUCCGCCCCCCGCUGCUGCCGCUUCCGCUGCUGUGGCUGCUGCUACUGCUGCUGCCGCUGCUGCUGCUGGAAGUGCAGGGGGAGGGGGAGGGGGUGGGGAAGGGCUAGGGGAAGGGGCAGAGGCAGGGGCAAGGGCAGGAGGAGCAGUGGGAGUGCAGGCAGGGGCGAUGGCAGGCUUUUCGAAGCCUGCUAGUCGUGGUACUGCUAAGAGGGGCAGGGCUGCUGCUUGUGUCGGGAGGAUGGGGAGGGCGGGGAGAGGGGAUAGUGCUUGUGCUGCUGCUGCUGCCGCUGCUGCUGCCGCUGCUACUGCCGCUAAUAAUGCAGCUGCCGCUGCCAGCGGGUCAAGAGUGUACGCCCUUGCCCCACAGGACCCUAAUGUGCGUGCCGAGGUGGUUUACCCAUACCAUCCUCCUCCUCAAGCUUCGAUCACCACCACUCCUGCUACAGCCACUGCUUCUAUAGUCACCACUGCUACAGCCGGAGCUAGUGUUGCUGCUACAGCCGGCACUGUGUUUCCUGCUGUUCCUGCUGACCUGGCCGCCAGCUCAUCUGCUCCAUUGAUGCACGUGGCUACAGCCGUAUCUGCUGGGAAACGGGUGAAGGGAUGGGCGGAGGUGUGUGGGAAGGUGGACGGAGAGGUGUUGUGGGAGGAGGAGGUGUUGGGGAAGGCGAGGGUGGUUGGAUGA